AUGGAGCUGGACCGCAGGACGACCGGCGGCCUCCACACCUACCCCGCGCCGCGAGGCGGGCCGGUGGCCAAGCCCAACGUGAUCCUGCAGAUCGGUAAGUGCCGAACCGAGAUGCUGGAGCACGUGCGGAGGACCCACCGGCACCUGCUGGCCGAGGUGUCCAAGCAGGUGGAGCGCGAGCUGAAGGGGCUGCACAGGUCCGUGGGCAAGCUGGAGAACAACCUGGACGGCUACGUGCCCACGGGCGACUCCCAGCGCUGGAAAAAGUCCAUCAAGGCCUGCCUGUGCCGCUGCCAGGAGACCAUCGCCAACCUGGAGCGCUGGGUCAAGCGCGAGAUGCACGUGUGGCGGGAGGUUUUCUACCGGCUGGAGAGGUGGGCAGAUCGCCUGGAGGCCAUGGGCAGCAAGGAGCCGGUGGGCAGCGAGCCGGCCCGCCACACUGUCUCCGUGGGUGUCGGGGGCCCCGAGAGCUGCUGCCCGGAGGCCGAGGGCUACGACUACACGGUCAGCCCCUACGCCAUCACCCCGCCGCCCGCUGCCGGCCAGCUGCCCGGGCAGGAGGAGCUGGAGGACGCCCAGCAGUACCCGCCCUGGGGGUCCAGUGAGGACGGGCAGCCGAACCCUGGUGUGGACACUCAGAUCUUCGAGGACCCGCACGAGUUCCUCAGCCACCUGGAGGAGUACCUGCGGCAGGUGGGCGGCUCCGAGGAGUACUGGCUGUCCCAGGUCCAGAACCACAUGAACGGGCCAGCCAAGAAGUGGUGGGAGUUCAAGCAGGGCUCCGUGAAGAACUGGGUGGAGUUCAAGAAGGAGUUCCUGCAGUACAGCGAGGGCACGCUGUCCCGGGAGGCCUUGCAGCGCGAGCUGGACCUGCCGCAGAAGCAGGGCGAGCCGCUGGACCAGUUCCUGUGGCGCAAGCGGGACCUGUACCAGACGCUGUACGUGGACGCGGACGAGGAGGAGGUCAUCCAGUACGUGGUGGGCACCCUGCAGCCCAAGCUGAAGCGCUUCCUGCGCCACCCGCUGCCCAAGACCCUGGAGCAGCUCAUCCAGAGGGGCAUGGAGGUGCAGGACGACCUGGAGCUGGCGGCUGAGCCCGCUGGCCCCCAGCCCCCCACGGAGGACGAGGCCGUCACGCCAGCCCUCACCAACGAGUCUGUGGCCAGUGACCGGACCCAGCCCGAAUAG